GGGCCCACCGAGCUCUGGACGGACAAGGCCAAACGGCAACAUCGCUCUUCCUCCGAGGUGCACUCGUCCAGGCCGAUAGUCCAUUAUAGCAACAGCGCGCCCGUACGCUCCCUCUCGCCACACGACCGCCGUCGACCGUCCUUCGGAGCUACUCCUCAGAUGGCAGUGCAUCUUUCGGCGUCACCCUCGAGCGACUCAAUGCAACCGGUCGCUACGUCUGAACGCGCUAACGCCUCGGAGGAUGCAGAGGCAUCGCCGGUGGCGCAGGAAUCGUCAAUGCUCGACGUGACGGUCCCGCAGCUCUUACAGCAGGGUGUGCCUAUGCUGAAGGUGUCAGCGAAGAAGCAGAAGCGAUAUGUAUUCAAGCUAGACCCCGACCAGGGUCAGAUAGUCUGGCAGUCGAAGAAGCUGCGUAUCAGUAAAUCUUUCUGCUCAUAUCCAUUACCGUCUUGUUCACGAGUAUGUCCGCUAGUCCCCAUCGAGAACAUCAAGGAGCUGCGUGAAGGGGCCGACGCGCGCUACUACCGCGAGCAGUUCCAGAUCGCGCCGUCGUUCGAGGACCGGUGGCUCACCAUUGUCUACGUGCUCGACGGGCGCUACAAGACGUUGCACCUCCUCGCGGCGACGCGCGACGUCUUCCAGAUGUGGGACCUCACGCUGCGUCGGCUGUAUGCGAUCCGGCAGAAGCUCAUGAGUGGCCUGGGACAUACGGAGGUCCGCCAGGCGGUCUGGGAGAAGCAGUUCUGGAAGGGCGACUCGGGGAUGGACCAGAGGCUGGAGUUUGAGGAGGUCGAGCGGAUGUGUAGGAGGCUGAACAUCAACCCGAGUCAGGAUGACUUGUUGCGGAGGUUCAAGGAAGCAGACCGUCAAGGCCGGGGUUACCUCGACUUCGUGGACUUUCAACGCUUUGUGAAGGCUCUCAAAGCGCGGCCGGAGAUCGACCACCUCUAUGAGCGAAUCGCAGGCGGAACCGGCGGAACCGUGACUUACGAGGCCUUUGAGAGGUUCAUGCGUACAUGCCAGAAGUCAUCACUGAGUGCCACCGAGCUUACGCGCAUCUACCUGCGGUACGCUUCGUCGCCAGACGAGCGCGGCACUUCCCCUCCAUCCUCGCCCUUUCAGAACUCAUUGGAACUUGCUGUCCAGUCUGCCUCGGCGAUCAAACAAGCCGAGCCCUCUGGCACGCACACGAACCGUACAGGCAGCUCACCACGCCCUCCGUCCUCCGUCGGCACGUCCUCAUCCGGGACGUCGGCAUCCAACUUCACUCAUGGCCUCACUGUCGAGACCGCCGUGAUGUCCCUCAAGGGCUUCACGACAUUCCUUCUGUCGACAGACAACUCUGCAUUUGCAGACCAGCACGGGAAGAUCUACCAUGACAUGACGCGCCCUCUUUCAGACUAUUACCUCUCUUCUUCGCAUAAUACGUACCUCGUCGGCCAUCAACUUGUGGGUGAGAGUACGAUCGAAGGGUACAUCCGAGCGUUGCUGCACAGCUGCAGGAGUGUCGAGCUCGACAUCUAUGACGGCGAAAUCGAGCCUGUCGUGUAUCACAAGCACACACUGGUCACGAAGGUGUCCUUGCGCGAUGCGUGCGCGGCGAUCUACAAGUACGCGUUCGUCGCGUCGCCCUACCCGGUCAUCAUCUCGGCGGAGGUGCACUGCUCGCUCCCCCAACAGGAACUUAUCGCGAGCGUCAUGCAGGAGGAGUUCGGCGACGCAUUGGUGAGUGCGCCUGUGGACGGGAGACCGACACUGGAGUAUCUCCCGAGCCCGGAAGACUUGAAGGGGUGUAUCCUGCUGAAGGCUAAGAACCUCUUCGUGACGGAUAAGGAUGGCAUGCAGGAGAAGGAAAUCGUGGUAGACUCGGAGUCAUCCUCGACAGAGACAUCAUCCGCCUCAGAAUUGGAGGAGCUGAAGGAAUGGCGGACCACGCACAUGAAGGAGCUGAGGUCCGAGUUCAAGUCCGAGUUCAAGAAGGCUCGUGCAGUCCUCGGAGGCUCACCCCGCGCAGACGCGCGUCCGCUUCCUUCUCCUUACCAGCCUCCGCAGAGGGUCAAGAUGUCGUUGUCUCUCGUCGCACUUCUCGUGUACACCGUCGGCGUCAAGUGUCGCGGGUUCAACAAGAAGGAAGUGUACGCGCCGGAACACCUGUUCUCGCUCUCAGAGGGCACCACAAACCGGAUCAUGAAGCAGGGCAUGCUGGAUCUGAUCAAGCACAAUCGGACGCACCUUGUGAGGAUCUACCCCAAGGGUACGCGCAUCGGCUCGACGAACUUUGAGCCCCAUCGGUUCUGGUCGGCGGGGUGCCAGUUGGUGGCAAUCAAUUGGCAGACGUUCGACCUAGGCUACAUGAUCAACCGCGCGAUGUUCCAGCGCAACGGGCGCGCGGGCUACGUCCUCAAGCCGCUCGCCCUCCGCUCGAACGACAAGCAGCUCCUCAGCAAGCGUACGAGCCACCGUCUCGAGGUGACCAUUAUAUCCGCGCAGCAGCUCCCGCGGCCCAAGGACUCGUCAGGGCGGGACGUGAUCGACCGGUCCACCGUCGAUCCCUUCAUCGAGGUGUCCCUGCACAUCCCAGACUGGACGGAGGUCCCGCACCACGUCUCCCCGCCGUCGCUCCCACGCUCCCGGCGCACCUCGCAGACCGCGCCGGACGCGCCGCCCGCGAUCGCAAAGGACCCGCUCGCGGCGGUGAUGCCCGCGCGCACGGUCACGCAGCGCACGGCGGCGGUGAAGAACAACGGGUUCAAUCCCGUGUGGGAGCAGCAGCUAAGCGUCCCGUUCGACGUUGUGGGCGAGAUGCGCGAGCUCGUCUUCGUGCGCUUCGCGGUGAAGCAGGACGGCUCGGCGGAUGAGGAGCCGCUCGCAGUGUAUUGCGCCAGUCUGGGGAGUUUGAAUAUGGGAUAUCGACACCUUCCGCUUCAUGAUGCUCAACUCUCGCAGUAUCUCUUCUCUACGUUGUUCGUCAAGCUGGAUAUCUUCGACGUCUAGAUCAACUGUUCUUCUCCGUCGCCUCAUUCACAUGCAUCUGCUCUGAUCCUGCAACGAAUCAACAUACAGGAAAACAACGCACUGUACAACAUCCAAACAACAUCCUACCGACUUCGUUCAUAUAUAAGUGACUAUCUGCCAUUUUGAUACAACAUCGUACCUCACUGAUGUGCUUCUGCUACCGCAUCGCAUCUCCCCGAUCAUUCACGAGUCACAUAGCUUGUACUAUACCAGCAACCCGCUAUCAACCCCCAUCGCGAUUUCACAACAGCCAU